AUGAGUGAAACUACAAAUUUGAAACCUGCUGGCUUCUUUGAGCUUUUCAGAUUUGCAUCAAAGCUAGACAUAUUCCUUAUGGUUUUUGGGUCUAUUGCAGCUGUUGUUAAUGGUAUUCUUUAACCUUUAAUGUCUUAGAUUAUAGGAAGAACUACAAAUUAAUUUAGUUCUAAUUAAGAUUAAUCUUAAAUUAUUGAAAAUGCUAAGAUAUAAUGCUUUUAUAUGUUAGGAGCUGGUUUUAUAUCAUUUGUAUGUAGUUGGAUUUAAAUGGCAUGCUGGAUGAUUUCUGGGGAAAGAUAAGCUAUUGAAUGUAGAAAAUAAUACUUCAAAGCUAUUAUUAGAUAAGAAAUUGGUUGGUUUGAUAUGCAAAAUCCUAAUGAACUUACAAGUAAAAUAUCUUAAGAUUGCUUUUUCAUUUAAGGAGCUAUUGGAGAGAAAGUACCUACAUUUUUGAUGGCCAUUUUUACAGGGUUAGGUGGCUUUGGUGUUGGAUAUUAUAAUGGCUGGUAAAUGUCUUUAGUUGCAACCGCAGCUGUUCCUGCUAUCAUUCUAGGAGGAUUAAUAUUUACUAUUAUAUUGUAAUAAACUUCAGUUAAAACUUCUGAAGCUUAUCUUCAUGCUAGCGCAGUUGCGGAGUAAAGUCUUAACUCUAUCAAAACUGUCAAAUCGCUAGCUGGAGAAAAUUUUGAAAUUAAAAAUUAUUCCUAAGGAUUAUUAGUUUCAUUCAAAAUAGCUACAAAAUACGCUGUUUGGGCAGGUUUUGGACUGGGCUUGACAUUUUUAACUCUUUACUUGGAUUAUUCUCUCUGUUUUUGGUAUGGUUCUAAGUUAAUGGAAGAUGAAACUAUUAAUCAUAACUUUGAUCGUAAGUAUAAUUAAGGCGAUAUCUAAACAAUAUUCUUUGCUAUUUAAAUUGCUGGAUUUUCUCUUGGUUAAGCUGCUCCAUGCCUAAAGAAUUUCUCUCUUGGAUAACAAGCAGCAGCAAAAAUAUUUGAUUUAUUGAAAAGGACACCUUAGAUUAAAAAUUGCGAAAACCCAAAGAUAAUUAAAGAAUUGAAAGGUCAUAUUGUACUUAAAGAUGUAGAUUUCUCUUAUCCUUCUAAAAAAGAUGUUAAGGUUCAUAACAAACUUACUCUUGAAAUACUGCCAAAUAUAAAAACAGCUCUAGUUGGAGAAUCUGGUUGUGGAAAGUCCACAGUCAUGUAACUUAUCGAGCGUUUUUAUGACCCUGAUUCUGGGUUAGUGACUGUAGAUGGACAUGACAUUAGAGAACUUGAUUUCGUUUGGUUAAGAAAAAAUAUUGGAUAUGUAGGAUAAGAACCAGUUUUAUAUGCAACUUCUAUCAGAGAAAAUCUAAGAUUCGGAAAAGAAGAUGCGACAGAAGAAGAAAUGAUAAAUGCUCUCAAGCAGGCUAAGGCAUGGGAGUUUGUCUAGUAGCUUGAUGAUAAACUUGAUACUUUUGUAGGAAAUUUGGGAAGCCAAUUUUCUGGAGGGUAAAAAUAAAGAAUUUGUAUUGCUAGAGCUAUUUUGAAAAAUCCUUAAAUAUUGUUGCUUGACGAGUCUACUAGUGCUUUAGAUAGAAAAAAUGAAGCUGCAAUUUAGGCUACUCUGGAUGAAAUAUCAAAGGGGAGGACAACAAUUGUUAUUGCUCAUAGACUUUCAACUGUUUAAAACGCAGAUAGAAUUCUUGUUAUUGAAAAAGGUUAGUUGAUUGAAUAAGGAACUUACGAUUCUUUAAUAAAUGCUGGAGGAAAAUUUGAAGCUUUAGCAAAAAAUCAAAUAUAAAAAGAAUUGGAAGACAAUUCUGACUUAAAUAAUGACAUUGAAUUAGUAUAAGAAGAACUCAAUAAUAAUGAGAGCUUGUAAAAGAAAUAGACAAUUUCUGGAAUAUAAAAUUAGAAAUUAAAUAAUUUAGAAGAAAGUACUAAUCGCUUGCAAAAUUAGAUUCCUUAAGAAUUAUAAGAAAUACCUUUAAAAAAAUUGAGCAUGUCAGUUAAAAAUUAAAAUAUUACUUAAGAAUGCUAAAAUAAAUAAACAUAAUCUGAUCCUUUGGAAUCAGAUAAAAAGUUUAAAUACACAAAUAUUCAACUCAUCAAGAAAUUAAUUGCUAUUAAUAAGCCUGAAAUUAAUUAUCUUUAUUUUGGACUUUUAGUUGCUUUUAUUAAUGGUGGUUCUUGGCCUGUUAGUGGUUUGCUUUUAGGAGAAUAUUUUGAUGUUUUAUUUGAUCCUUCAAAAUCUGAUUUUAGAGAAAGAGCAGAUUUGCUUGCUAUUUACUUCGUCAUUCUUGCUGUUGUAUGUCAAAUAGGAUAUUUGCUCUAAAAUGUAUUUUUCACAAGAGUUGGUGAAGGCUUAACUUUAAGAAUGAGAAAAGAAGUUUACUCAAAACUUCUCAAGAUGCCAUGCUCCUGGUUUGAUUAACCUGACAAUAAUCCUGGUAAUUUAAGUACUAAGCUUUAACAAGAUGGACAAUAUAUAAACUAGAUCACUUCUAGCAUUAUACCAACUCAAAUAUAAAACUUAUCUUGUAUGGGAGUAGGUAUAGCUUUAGGAUUUGCUUAUUCUUGGUAAAUCACUCUUAUUGGAAUGGUUGCUGCUCCUCUUAUGAUUAUUUGUGCUAAGUUUUAAGCUCAAUUUAUCUAAGGAUAUAGUGAAAAUUCUGAUGGAGCAUACAAAGAAGCAGGUUAGAUCAUUAUGGAAAGUGUGACUAACAUUCGUACUGUGGCUUCUUUUUGCAAUGAAAAUAAACUCAAUGUCUUUUUAUCUGAAAAAUUAGUCCAACCACUUCAAUUAGUUAAAUCAAAAGGUUAAAUCUCUGGUGUUUUUCUUGGUUUGUCUUUUGCUCUUAUCUUUUGGAUUUAUGGUAUUGUACUUUAUUGUGGUUCUAUUUUCACAUAAGAUUACGGUGUCAGUGCUAAGGAUAUGUUUGUGUCUGUUUUUUCUGUUCUUUUUGCUGCUUUUGGAAUUGGAUUUAAUAACUAAUAUAUUCCAGAUAUUGCCAUGGCAAUAAACUCAGCAAAUAAUCUCUUUGACAUUUUAAAUUAAAAAGAUGAAGUUUAAAUUUGUUAGGAGCAAGCAUAACAAUAUAAUUUAAAACCCAUAGUUUAACAAACUGAAUAAGCGAUUUAAGGAAACAUUGAAUUUAGAAAUGUCUCAUUUAAAUAUCCAUCUCGUGAUUAGUAUGUUUUCAAAAAUUUAUCAUUCAAGAUUUAAGCAGGUUAAAAAGUGGCCUUUGUUGGACCAAGUGGCUCAGGUAAAUCUUCGGUAAUUUAGUUGUUGUUGAGAUUUUACACUAACUAUGAAGGUGAAAUAUUUGUAGAUGGUAAAAAUAUUAAAGAAUACUAUGAUUUGACCAAUUAUCGCUAGAAUUUCGGUGUAGUGAGUUAAGAGCCAAUACUCUUCAAUGCUUCUAUAGAAGAAAAUAUCCAAUACAACUCUGAAAAUAUAACUUGUGAGCACAUUAAAUAAGCGGCACAACAAGCAAAUGCUUUGAAAUUUAUUGAGGAGUUUUAAAAUGACGAGUAGACUAAAGAAAAAAAUGAAGAUAAAGAAAAUUAAAUGAAAAAUGAAAACAAAAAUCAGCUAGGAGACGGUUUUUAGAGAAAAGUAGGUCCUAAAGGAAGCUAACUUUCUGGAGGAUAAAAAUAAAGAAUAGCCAUAGCAAGAGCAAUAAUUAAAAAUCCAAACAUCUUACUUCUUGAUGAAGCAACAAGUGCUUUGGAUCCAUAGAACGAAAAGAUAGUAUAAGAAGCAUUAGACUAAUUAAUGAAAGCGAAAACUUCAGUAUGUAUAGCACAUAGAUUAUCAACAAUAAAAGAUAGUGAUAAAAUAUAUGUGAUUGAAUCAGGAAAGUUAGUCGAAUAGGGUACAUAUGAUGAAUUGAUGAAUAAAAAAGAAUAUUUCUAUAGGCUUAAUAAUCAUUGA